AUGCCUGAUCUCUUAACAGAAUCCACUUCUGUGGCCCCACUGCCCACAGACGAUGUUCUGUCAUGUGUGCGGAUUGGCAAAGUCAAACAGUUGGGACCAGGGUCUGUGACUUCAGCCAUCGAGAAGUCACCAUGUGUGGGCAAGGUUUGUGUCACUGAACAGGGUAUAAUUGGUGAUGAACAGGCCUACGAACACCAUGGUGGGACCGAUAAAGCUUUGCAUCAAUACUGCUCUCGUCACUACGAGGCCUGGAGGCGAGAGGUUCCCGAUCGAGCACAUCUGUUCAACAUUGGCGGAUACGGAGAGAAUAUCUCGGCGCAUUCCUUCGAUGAGACCAACACCUGCAUCGGCGAUAUCCUUGAGAUCGGCUCUGAAGGCGUUUUAGUCCAAGUCAGUGAGCCCCGGCAGCCAUGUUUCAAGCUGAAUCGACGCUUUGAGUUUGCGCAAGCUUCAAUCCGAACGCAAACAACCAGACGAACCGGGUGGUAUCUGCGCGUCUUGAAGCCCGGUUUCAUACAGGCUGGUGACCGUAUCCGAUUAAUACACCGUAUCAACCCGGAAUGGUCGAUUGGUAGAGUUGGGGGGAUUCUUUGGGAGGAUCGAAAGAAUAUCGAGGCCUUGAAGGUACUUAGUGAGCUGCCUGGGCUUGGCAAGGAGAUUGCACAGGUAUUUCGCAAGCGUCUCGCCACUCGAGAAGAAGAGGACAUGCUGUUUCGCCUGAACGGCGAGGCGUCAAUGUGGGAGGAGCCAAGGGGUUUUGGAGCAGCCGAGACAGGAAGCUUGGUCAUCCUUGUCCAAGUAUUUGUCUUCGUUGGGAUUAUGUUUGGGUUAUGGAUAGUACUCAGGCGGGUGGUGGUCCAGCUAGAGGUCAAGGACUAUCAGGGCACUUGGGUGGAUAAGGCUGUUGAAGCCGUAGAGGUCUUUGAACUGGUUGCUGUAGAGGAGUGGGUGUAA